AUGCGAUCUUCAAUCCUUUGCCUGGCCCUCGCUGGCCUCUCAGGCCUCGCGCAAGCCACGCCCACAACAGACACCACCCACCUCCAGUCCGAGCCCCGGGGCCUCAUCACCCGCGGCCUCACGCACAUGUUCUACCCCCGCCAGGCGACCACCCCGACGGAGCCGCCCCCGACGCGAAGACAAGCCGCGACGCCGCCCCCGCCGCUGACGAGCGCGCCCCCGGCCGGCGGUGGCCCCGUCAACAACGCCAACCGCACAAUCACCCUGACGGUGAUCAAGGGCGACACCCUCGGCCAGAUCGCGCGCCUCUUCAACUCGGGCAUCUGCGACAUCGCCAAGCUCAACAACAUCCCGAACCCGGACUUCAUCGACGUCAACCAGGUCCUGCAGGUGCCCAUCAACCUCGCGAACCCGGACAACACCUCGUGCCUCAACCGCGGCGGCGCGAUCCCGCCCGCUGCGGCGCCCGCCAACGGCACCGCGACCCCGCCGCCGCCGCCCGGCGGCAAGAAGACCAAGCGGAGGAGGAGAAACGCCAGCUUGCCCGCCAUCCUGCCCGCCAGCCAUGAACAGCCGUCUCACUAG